CUUCUUUUUCAGUGUUUUUGUUGCACGGACAACCGCUUUUCUACCUCCAAGUUUGACCAAGUGAGCCACAUUGACUCCAGUACGUUUGUCGCGAGCACAUCCAUCUGGCCGAAGAAAUGUGGCUGCGGACGGGAAAAUUUUGGUUUGGCAUCCCCGCGUACAAAAAAAGAAACCAACGGCGAAAGCAUUCCACACGCUUCUUGGAGGAGUCUCUAAAGGCAUUAGACUGGAAAUGAGUACGAUCCAAGGUGAGGAACAUGCGUGUGAACUACAACACCGCUAAGCAAUGGGAGGGCUCCACUGGUGCGGGUAGUAUGGAUGGAGACACUAUUAAAAGCCCUUUAACAAAAAUGUUUAGUUUUUAUGAAUUUGAUGACAAAUUCGGAAGCACACUACAGGUGCUGUCCAUAAUUGAGGAAACUCUACAUAGCGAGGUAGAGAACUUUGAUAUUUUAAAUAUUGAGUAUCUACCUGACACACAGGAUCCUAUGAGCAACUUAAGUCCAGAUAUCCAGUACCUUCCUGACGCUCAGGAUCCGAUGAGCAUUUCAAAGCCGAUUAGCAAUUCUUCAGUGGUAAAUGAAAGUCUGUCAGAGGUAAAAUGUACUCCAAGCACAAGCCGUAGAGGCAUUUAUAGCAUAACUGCACUUUCUGAUAUAAUGAAAGAAAAGUUGCAAAUAAUGGAGUUGGAAAUGAAAGAGCGUCUAGCUAGGGUAGAAUUACACUUAAAAUACGAAACUUAAUUUGCUUUUGUUUAUUCAAAAAAUUGAUUUUGAAUUACGAUUUUUUCUACCUAUUUUCCUUAUAAAAUAUACA